AGCACCAGCAGAGGCUGGAGUCAGUCCAUCCGUAAAAGCAGAAAGAAAGAGAGAGGCUGCGAUAAAGCCAACAAAAGCAUUAGCCACGGCCCAGGCACUGGGGAGAAAGCGGGAGAAGAGCAGAGCUGCCAGAGCAUUGAGCCUCCGAGCACACAGCAGGCAGCAGCCACCACAGGGCGCAAAGGAAAGCAGCAGGCAACAGAGCUGCAGCCCCCUUGACCAAGACAGGGACUUCUUUCUGGUGGAGGAAACCCCGGGCAGAGAGGGUGAACAACUGGUGCGAUGACAGAGAGAAACUGAAGAGUGCUUGGAGCUUUCUGUUCCUAUACAGAUUUUCCCCUCUAGCUGAGCAACAGACACACCAAGAAACAUGCCUGAGCAAAGCAAUGAUUACAGGGUUGUUGUAUUUGGAGCUGGAGGAGUGGGCAAAAGUUCUUUGGUCUUGAGAUUUGUGAAGGGCACUUUCAGAGAGAGCUACAUCCCUACCAUUGAAGACACCUAUCGGCAGGUGAUCAGCUGUGAUAAGAGCAUAUGCACUUUGCAGAUAACUGACACUACAGGGAGCCAUCAAUUUCCAGCCAUGCAACGUCUUUCUAUUUCUAAAGGACAUGCUUUCAUUUUGGUUUACUCUAUCACCAGCCGACAGUCCUUGGAGGAACUCAAACCGAUCUAUGAACAAAUAUGUCAGAUUAAAGGAGACAUAGAAAGCAUUCCAAUAAUGCUCGUGGGGAACAAAAAUGAUGAGAACCAAAAUCGAGAGGUGGACAGCAGUGAAGGAGAAGCCAUGGCUAAGAAGUGGAAAUGUGCCUUCAUGGAGACCUCUGCCAAGCUGAACCACAACGUGAAAGAGUUAUUCCAAGAAUUGCUAAACCUAGAGAAACGCAGGACUGUGAGUUUACAAAUUGACGGCAAAAAAAGCAAGCAGCAGAAAAGGAAAGAGAAGCUGAAAGGCAAAUGCGUGGUGAUGUGAAAUUGCACUGGCAGGAGUCAGUCAUACAGUCUCACCUGUUGACAAUACCCAUGUAAAACCGAUAGACAGCAAACAACCAUACAAGACCCUAUUUAUCAGUAUCUGUUUUAAAAGAAAUAUUUGCGAUUUAAAAAAAUGAGUUACUGUGGUUACUAUGAAAAAAAGCCAACAACUAAAAAAACAUGUACUCUAACUAUCAGCAAAAAAAAAUCUGGAAGUAAAAGGUAGAUGGACCAGGAUAUAAUAUUUUGUAGUUUACAGAAGAGAAGAAAUUUCAUCCUUAGCAUAAUGUGGAAGAUUUGGGAAAUCAACUUCAUAUUAUUUAUGUUUGCAUAUAAAUGCAAGAGAAGGCAACAUAAAAUCUUAGAAGAAAAACAUAGAAGUGGACAGGAAGAAACCUAGAAUGUAUAAAUGCCUGCGGGGUGGCAUUAUCACACCCUUUAAGAACACUGUGGACAGACAAUUCUGUGCAAUUUUCUUCACCGACUGGUGGGGCAGUAUGCAUAAGGUAGUCUCUGAUCUGCUGGAUAAAUGAACUAUUUCAGACUAAAAGGAAGUACGGGGAUAGCAUAUUUCAUAGGAACAGAUACUUUCUCUACCCUCCCAGCAUGAGAUUUCUUUCUACUAUGAUGGGGUGUUUGAACUGAAGGACGAGGAAAGGCCAGCCCCUGUAGGAGAUAUGGGGAUCAUCUUCUUUUAUGGACCCACCACUUCAAGUAUGACCUGUACUUAUCACCCCAAUAUACUUCAGAAGAGCAGAUGCGUGCCUGCAGAAAACAUCAGACUGUAUAAAAAUGGUGUAUAUAUACAAACAGAAAUGUUCCUCAGGGAGGACUGGCUGGGGAGUCCCCUACAAAAGCCUCUAUGGGAAAGCCUCAGUUCAAAUGCUGCUGAUGGUUAGAAGAACACAUGGUGUGAUUAGUGAAUGAAUGGAAAGUCUACUGAACUGGUGGUACUCUUGGAGAGGGGUCUGUGUAGUAUACAAAAUUUUAAUCAAAUUACAGAUUAGCUGAGAGAAACUUCUUUACGGUACUAUAUUCCAAAUAGAAUGGUUUUGCAUUCAUGCACUACUAGAUCUAUUGCCUUUAUAUUGUGUGAAGUGUUUUCUAUUUACCAUUUAAACUCAUUGUUUGAACUGCUGUAACUGUUUAUAAAACCAAAUCCUAUAUUUGGAGUUAAGGCCCACAGGAGUCUCUAAGAUAAGAUUUGCUGGGAUAAGUACUACAGGAUUUGGCAUAUUAAGAGUUGCAGUCAGUACUGCGUUAUAAUGCAAUACAAAGUUCAGAAUAGAAAAAAACUGGUUCAAACCGCUCUGUCAGGGGAAACUGCUCUUCUCAAAACCUUUGGAAGGGGAAAAUGUGUACAAAAUGUGAGAUUUUCUGGAUCUCCAAAGCUUUUUUAAAUACAAAUAUGAAUGAAUAAAGUGUGUAUCCGUCUGAUAACAAAGACCAUCUAAGAUAAAAGAAGCACAUACAUUUUUUAAAGGACACAUCAAAAUUGUAUAAGCUACAAUUUGCACCUUAGGAACAGCUUUGAAAUAAUAAAAACAAACCACCAUAUUUUUGGUAAAUGUUUAUGUCAAAAUCAUACUAUGGGAACAUGCAGUCAAGUACUAGUAUUAUUAGUACACAUGCUGUUGCAUUAAAGGUAUCUUCUAGGAGCUAUUCAAAUGCAGUAUUUGCAUUUAAAAAUGUUACCUUUUUGCUCUUGGAGGUAUUGCUUUCUUACGUUCCACCUUCCAAACAAAACUGCAGACAUUUCACAGGUAAUAGCUUUAUUUGAGAAAGAAUUGCUAGAAAGGAGCACAACUUUUGUCAUUCACUCAGAAGAAAUUCUGGUGUCAUUAAAAUCAAGUGUAAAGUUCCUACUGGUUUCAAAGAAGACAGAGUUUUAUGUGUCUACUUCAUUGCAUUAGAAGAGAAAAUUGGAGGGAGCAUGAAAAAAAGUUAAGGCUUAGUAAUAAUUUCCUGGCUCUUAUACAAUGCUCUUUCUCCAUAAAUCUCAAAGCACUUUACAAAAAGGACAGCAUCGUUCAUUAUCUUAACUUUGCAGGUGAUGAAACUGAGGCACAAAGAGAGGAAGCAGCUGCACAUAGAUUACCCAGCAGGCUAGUGACAGACCCAGGAACAAAAGCAGAUCUCCUCAGUCCCAGCUGAGUGCUCGCUCUGCGUUUGGUCAGACUGCCUCUUCACAUUCUUAAAUAGUUUCUAAAACACAUAAAGAAACCUGGUAUGGCUUAUACAGCUAGGUGCAUCUUUUUCUUGUCAGUCUGUCAAUAGAUCAAAGAGUAUUUCCAGAUCAGGGACGGAAAACAGUUAAAAGCACUAUGUUUAGUAAGACUUUCAUACAUGUUUAUACAUCUACUCUGUUUGUAAGCUAGUGGCUGAAGAUACUCAUCUUCACAGCAUGGGAUUCCACUGUCGAAACUGGAAAAUCAAAACACUGAGCACACUUAAGGAGUAAUGGGUCACAUGCAGAGAUAAGCAGUACAGAGGCCUCCUGCUGAUGUUAACACACCAGUUCCAAAGGUCAUCAUCCAUGGCACAUGCCUAAGCAGCCAGCAUAGAAUGAUGAAAGAAACUCAGAAUAAAAAAGGCCAUAUAAAGACAAAGAUAAUGUUAAUAUUUUUACUUUAACUGGAGGAAUUAUUUACCCAGUAAAGAAUCUUGCAGAAUUAGAACAUAGGGGACCUGAAUUAGACUCAGAAAGUUAUGACUGCAAGGAUAUUACACGCUGAAAUUUGGCCCUGGACAUUUUUUGAAUGUGCCUCAUAGCAAGAAAAUAGAAUUGUAUGGCAAAGGUGGAAAUAAAACAAGUAACCACUAAUUGUUAGGCUUGAGGAUCUUCUCUAAUUCACAGCUGAUUCCUCAUCUGCCACAUAAUAAGCCAUGAAUUAUUUAAUGAACUUGCAUGUAUCAAAGCAAGGCCAGUACAGAAACAAUAUUACUCAUGGACCACAGACAAGAGAACAUAUUUUAUACCCUUACAUUGUCAUCCUAGUUUAUGCUACUAGAUUUUACAUAAGUUACAUAUUUGUGAGCUGGUUUAAAACAUUUGUUUUGCUAUUACUUAUACAAUCUUUUUUUCUGGUGGUUUUUUUUUUUUUUGUUUGUUUGUUUUUUAACACAGGGAAAAAACUGUAAGGUAAAUAAAGAAAAUACACAGCUUUAUUACAUUUUGUGUUUUCUUUGGGAAUGUGAUAUCAGUGUAAUAGAAUCUUUAAAAUGUACAGAAAAGAUAUGACAUAUUUAAAACAUAUAAGAUCUACAGUGAAUUUUAGCACCCAGAAAACAUUAUCUGGACAAAAUUACUCUUUACAAAGCAUGAAUUUUUUAGGUAUAUAUGAAAUAUUAAGAUACAUAGUUACCUUGAAAAUGUGUUGUUGCGAUUUCAUUAGCAAAUAAUUUAUUCAAAAACUCUGGAUAUGAAGUCAUUUGUGCCUACAAGUUUCUAUGUUUCUGGUGAUGUUCUGAACAUACAAAAUAAAGUUUUAAA